AUGGAUGCCCCGGACGAGCCGGCGACGCCCUUCAGCGCCGUCACUGCGCAGACCAACAAGUUGCAGAGGCAAUACCAAGCGCUCCUUGACCAGUCGACGCCAUAUGUCCUCUACCGGUGGAUUGGCACAGGGGCCGCCCUGGUCAUCUUCUUCCUGCGUGUCUUCUUCGCGCAAGGCUGGUACAUCGUCGCAUACGCGCUCGGGAUCUACCUCCUCAACCUGUUCCUGGCCUUCCUGCAGCCCAAGUUUGACCCCUCCAACGAUGCGCUCGACAACGAGAUGGAAGACGGCGCCGCCGGCACGCUCCCGACCAAGCAGGACGAGGAGUUCCGGCCCUUCAUCCGCCGCCUACCCGAGUUCAAGUUCUGGCACUCGGCCACCCGCGCCAUCGUCAUCUCGUUUGUGUGCAGCUGGUUCGAGGUCUUCAACGUGCCCGUCUUCUGGCCCGUCCUGGUCAUGUACUGGUUCAUGUUAUUCAUCCUCACGAUGAGGAAGCAAAUCCAGCACAUGAUCAAGUAUCGCUACGUGCCCUUCACCAUUGGCAAAGCGCGUUACACCAAGAACAGCUCGUGA